UCGCAUCGCAUCCUCUGCGGCAACGGCACAUUCCAUUCCUUGCCCGUUGCAAAGCUUGUGGAUGCGAAACAAAGCACGGCACGGCACGGUACUGCAGGAUGAUGGGACCGUGGAACCCCACCAACGGGAGCGAACCCAAGGAUGCGAAUGCGAAUGCGAAUGGGAAUAUAAAUGCGAACGGGAAUAUAAAUGCGAAUGUAAAUGCGGAUGCCACCGGGGGACCAACCCAACGACAAAGCAAACCACGGGUGCGCCGGGCAUACAGGGGGGUCGUGGCCAUCUUUUUCCUCGCCGUGUGGUUCUUGCCGGCACAGCUGCGGGUGGCACCCGAUGCGGCCAUCUUCGACUUCGACUUCGAGUUCGAGUUCGAGGACGAGCUCGAGUUUGAGGACGAGUUCGAGCACAAGUUUGAGGACGAGUUCGAGCACAAGUUCGAGCACAAGUUCGAGCACAAUUUCGAGCACAAGUUCGAGGACGACUUCGAGGACGACUUCGAGUUCACGCACGACCUCGAGCUCGACCUCGAGCUCGACUUCGAACGGACCACCCGUUCCGGUUCCCCUGCGGCCGGGAACGCCUCGCUCCGGGCCCUGCAUCGUUCGGACCGCGACUUUUACAGGGCCGUCCACGAGUCGCGGUUCCCGGCGUCGGCCGCGGGCCGCUGGAGGCACCGGCCCGACCUGGCCGUCUUCCCCUCGAGGGACCACCUGGAGUGCCUGAACCUGGAACGCCAGGGGAACUGCCACGACGAAGACCUGUGGAAGACCGCCACCGACGCGGCAAAAAUCUCCCGGCACGAGUCGCAGCUCAAGGGCGCCAUCCAGAACAGCCCGGGGAUCCUUUCGGCGUCCGACCCGUGGAUGUGGGAAUCCGAUCUGGAAGAGUACAAGGCGAUUCCCUACCACAAAACCAACCAAGAGGAAUACCGCGAACGGAUCCGAGCGAUAUUCCUGGGCCGCAACCGCGGAAAAGAACCCCGGUCUCUCUUCUUUGUGGGGGACAGCCUGACGCGCCAGUGGCACCACUCGGUCAAGUGCGAGCUGGUGCACGUCCUCGGCCUGCCGGCCGAGAAGGUGGAAAACAUGGUGCACUUUAUGCAAAAGCACAAGGGGUGGUGGCAGGGGAACCUCCGGCCCCUCCGGAACGCCACCGAGCGCGACUACCUUAUCUUCAACUUUGGCCACCACGUGGGAAAAAAGCUGGGCGAGGGCUGGCCGGAGAAGUACCGAGAGGUCCUGGAGGAGGCCCUGGACAUCGAUUUCGGACCCAUCCCCAAACACCACGUCUUUUUCCGGACGACCGCCGUCCGGCACUUCCACGCGGGAAAGGGCGACUGGAACACGGAAUCCUCCAAGGCCGGUGCCGUCCGGCCCAACAUGACCGACGCCUGGUCGACCUACGGGGGCUCGAUGAAGGAACUCCCGCUCCAGAACCUCAUCGCCUUUGACGUCUUUCUCGGGGGGACCAAGAGCAAGAACAAGAACAAAACCAAGACCAAAAACAAAAACAAAACCAAGAACAAAACCAUCGCCUUCGACGUCUUUCUCGGGGGGACCAAGAACAAGANCAAGAACAAGAACAAAACCAAGACCAAAACCAAAACCAAAAACAAAACCAAGAGCAAAACCAUCGCCUUCGACGUCUUUCUCGGGGGGACCAAGAGCAAGAACAAGAACAAAACCAAGAACAAAACCAAAAACAAAACCAAAAACAAGACCAACCAAUCCAGCAGCGGAUUCCGGAUCCUCGACGUGUCUCCCAUGAUGCUGGCCCGGGCCGAUGCCACCUUCGACGGCUGCCACUUUUGUCUCCCGGGCCCCCACGAGUUUUGGAGCCGCAUGCUCUACCACCGGAUCGAGCAGGACGACGCACGGUCGGAGUGAAACGCACGGAACGGAACGCACCGCACGCGUUGCGGCGGCACACGGAGGGACGGGCGGGCGGGCACAAGAACCCUUG